AUGAAUUUAAUAUGUAAAUAUGACUUUUAACUUAAUUUUAGGCACAGGCAGAUAUAUGCAAAACUAAUUAUUUAAGGAUGCGAUUUAUAAUAUUGGUAUGCUACUUAGAUUUAGUAGCCUUUUGAGAUAAAUUGAAUAAUAAAAUGUCUAAAAGAUUAUGUGUAAAAAUAAAUAGAACAAAAAAGCACUAAAUCUUUAAACAUUUUGUAAGCUUAAGAAAAAAGUAUCAUUAAAUAAUAGAAGGGAAAAUUAAUAAAAUGGACAAUUUAAUUAAUCUUAAUAGAAUGAGAUUGAAAAUUCAAUUUAAUAUUAAAAUCAAGGUAAUUUUAAACAUGCAUUAUUUCGAAGCAAUUGCUUUAUAAUAUAUAAAUGAUUUUGAAGAGGCAUUACAAUAUUAUGGAUUAGAUACUGAAAUAAGCCCAAAAAAUUCAGACUAUUAUAAUCAUAAAGGUAUAAAUUAUUAAAUUCAUACAUUUUUAAGCAAUAAGUUUAUAACAGAUGAAUAGAUUUAUAGAAGCAUUAGAUUGUUAUGAUUAGGCAAUUCAGUUGGAUCCAGAAAUUCCAAUAUUUAAAUUCAACAAAGGUAUAAUUAUUAUAAUAAUCUAUCUUAGCGAAUGCUUUAUAUCUAAUGAAAAAAUAUGAAGAAGCAUUAAAAUUUUAUGAUGAAGCAAUUGAAUUAUAUGAAGAUUCAAGAUAUUUCAUUAACAAAGGUAAAAGAAAUAAAUUAUUAUUCUUUUUUUAGCAAAUACAUUAAAAGAAAUGAAAAGAUAUGAAGAUGCAUUAAUAUGUUUUGAUAAAGCAAUUGAGUAAGAUCCAGAAAAUAUAGAUUCUAUAUGUUGUAAAGGUUAAAAUAUAUAAUUAUGCUAUUUUAGCAAAUACAUUAUGUGAAAUGAAAAGAUUUGAAGAGGCAUUAAAAUAUUAUGACCAAGCAAUUAAGAAAAAUCCAGAAGAUUCAAUCUAUUUCUUCAACAAAGGUAGAAUAAAAAUAAUCUUUCUUUUUAGCAAAUGCCUUAUAAUCAAUGAAUAGAUUUGAAGAAUCAUUAGAUUAUUUUGAUAAGGCGAUUGAAAAAGAAAAAGAAGAUUCAAGAUAUUUCAAUUGCAAAGGUUUAAAAUUAUUUAUUAAACAUAAGGAGUUACUUUAUAUCAUAUGAGUAGAUUUGAGGAUGCAUUAAUAUGUUUUGAUCAAGCAAUUAAGAAAAACCCAUUGGAUUCAAGAUAAUAUGCAAACAAAGGUAUAAGGUUACAAUUAAAUUAUCUCAGCAAGUGCCUUAAAAUAAAUGAAAAGAUAUGUAGAAGCAUUAGAUAAUAUAGAUAAUGCAAUUAAGUAUAACCCAGAAGAUAUAGAAAUAUUAUGUUAUAAAGGUAAUUGAUAGUAUUUCUCAAACUUAGCUAAUAUCUUAAGAGAGAUGAAAAAAUUUGAAGAAGCAAUAGAAUGUUUUGAUUAUGCAAUUUAAUAAAAUUCAGAUGAUUCAAGACAUUUUAAUAGUAAAGGUAGAAAUGUUUUAUUUCUUAGCAAUCAUCUUAAAUGAAAUAAAAAGAUAUGAAGAUGCAUUAGAAUUUUAUGAUUAUGCAAUUUAGAAAAACCCUGAGGAGCCUAACUAUUUCUUUAACAAAGGUAUGAAAUAGACUCAAUUAUUUAAUUUAGCAAAUAAUUUAGCUGAUAUGAAAAGAUAUGAUGAUGCAUUGGAAUAUUAUGAUUAUGCAAUUUAAAGAAACCCUUAAGAUGCAAGAUACUAUAUAAAUAAAGGUAAAAAAUUAUUUUAGUUUUAGCAAAUAUUUUAAAACUAUUGAAGAGAUAUGAAGACGCAUUAAAAUAAUACGAUUAGGCAAUUUAAAAUAAUCCCGAGGAUCCAAUUUAUUUCUAUCACAAAGGUAUAAAAAUAGUUAUGUUUAGCAAAUACAUUAACUGAAAUGAAAAGAUUUAAUGAUGCAAUGAAAUAUUACGAUUAUGCAAUCAAAAGAAACCCUGAUGACGCAAGAUACUAUGUAGAAAAAGGUAAAAAAAGUAUUUUAGUUUUAGCAAAUAUAUUAAAACUAUAGAAGAAAUAUGAAGACUCAUUAAAAUUCUAUGAUCUUGCAAUUUAAAAUAAUCCUGAGAACCCAAUUUAUUUUUAUCACAAAGGUAUAAAAGUAGUUAUUCUGUUUAGCAAAUACAUUAGCUGAUAUGAAAAGAUAUGAUGAUGCAUUGGAAUAUUACGAUUAUGCAAUAAAAAGAAACCCUGAUGAUCCAUCUUACUACUUUAAUAAAUGUAUGGAAAAAAAUUUUUACUUUUAUAGCAAAGAUCUUAAGUGAAAUUUAUUAACAUGAAGAAGCAUUAAAACAUUUAGAUCUUGCAAUUUUGAAAAACCCAUAAGAUCGAAAUUAUUUACUUCAUAAAGGUAUAAAAGAAAAGUUUAUAAUUUCUUAGCUAAUACCUUAUCUAAUAUGAGAAGAUAUGUAGAAGCUUUAGAAUGUAUUGAAAAUGCAAUUUAAAAAAACCCUUAGGAUUCAAUUUAUUACUUAAAUAAAGGUAUGAAUUAAAUAAAAUACUUUUUCAGCAAAUAUUUUAAGUUAAAUGAACAAUUUAUAAGAAGCCUUAAAAUACUAUGAUAUUGCAAUAUCAAAAAAUCCAGAUGAUUCACAAUAUUACAAUUAUAAAGGUAUAAAAAUUACAUUAUUUUUAGCAAUUAACUUAGAAAAGAUGAAAAGAUAUGAAGAAGCUUUACGAUAUUUUGAUAAUGCGAUUUAGAAAAACCCUGAAAAUGCUAAUUAUUUAAUUAACAAAGGUAUUAACAGAUAAAUACUAUUUAUUAGCAAAUACCUUAUUUGAAAUGAAAAGAUAUGAAGAAGCAUUAAAAUAUUAUAAUUAAGGGAUUGAAAAAAACUCUGAAAAUUCAAAUUAUUUAGUUAACAAAGGUAUUAACAAAUAAAUUAUUAUUUUUUAGCAAAUACCUUAUUUCAAAUGAAAAGAUAUGAAGAAGCAUUAAAAUAUUAUAAUUAGGGGAUUGAAUAAAAUCCAAAAGAUUCCACGUUUUAUUAUAACAAAGGUAUAAAUCAAACAAUUAUUCUUUCUCAGCAAAUUGCUUAUUUGAAAUCAAAAGAUACGAAGAAGCAUUAAAAUAUUUUGAUUAUGCUAUACAAAAAAUCCCUGAAGAAUCGGGAUAUUUCGGUAACAAAGGUAGAUUAAAAAUAAUUAUUAUCCCUAGCAUUAACUUUAAUUGAAUUGAAAAGAUUUGAUGAAGCAUUAAAAAAUUUUGAUUUAGCAAUUUAGUUUGAUCCUGAAAAUCCAAAAAAUUUCUUUGAUAAAGGUAUUUGGAAAAAUUUCUUAUUUAGCAAACCUUCUAAAGUAAAUGAAACGCUUUUAAGAGGCAUUAAAAUAUUAUGAAUUUGCAAUUUAGAAAAACCCAAAAGAUUCAGCCUUCUAUUUUUGCAAAGGUAUAAAAUUAACAAUUAAUAUUUCCCAGCAUUAACUUUAUUUGAAAUGAAAAGAUUUGAAGAAGCUUUAAAAUAUUUUGAUUUUGCAAUUGAAAAAAACUCAGAGAAUUCCACUUAUUAUUUUAACAAAGGUAUUAAAGAAAAAAAAUUACUUUAGCAAUUACCUUAAAUGAAAUGAAAAGAAAUGUAGAGGCAUUAAAAUAUUUUGAUUUGGCUAUUUAGAAGAACCCAUAAGAUUUUAAAUGUUUGUUUCACAAAGGUAUAAAAGAUGAACUAAUUUAUUCAAGGAAAAACAUUACUUGAAAUGUUAAGAUUUAAAGAAGCAAUUGAAUGCCUUGAUUAUGCAUUUUCGAAAACCCCAUAAGAUUCCGAUUAUUCCCAAAGUUCAGGUAUGCAAGAUACAAUAUUAUAUAGAGUUUGCAAAUUUUAAAGAACUUUUUAAGAACAUUAAAUAGUAUUAAAAAUAAUUCAAAAAAUGA